AUUAGAGCUGGAUAAGAGCGUCAGCAGAGACCAAUACAAUUCAGCCAUACAUACCCAUAACAAGAAAGUUUUAUACAGUACGAAAGAAAGAAAUUAAAUAUGGGAAGAGCGGAAGGAUGGACUAGAUUACGGACAGCCGCCCUUUUGGUCAACGCCGUAUUGUUGGGCGUCGGAAACUGCGCCAACCCUCUUCUUACGCGCCUCUACUUCAUCGGCGGCGGCACCCGGAUAUGGUUUUCCGCCUGGCUGCAAACCGCCGCUUGGCCAGUCACUUUCAUCCCUCUUCUCGUCUCCUACCUCCACCACCGCCGCCGCCGGAGCCAGACAAGCGACUCCGGUGAGUUCCAACACAUCACGCCGUUUCUUUUCAUCUCCGCCGCCCUCAUCGGCCUUCUGAUGGGCCUGAACAACUACCUCUUCACGUACGGCGUCUCCAAGCUUCCGGUUUCGACGGUGCUUCUGAUCGGGAGCUCUCAACUCGGGUUCACGUCGGUGUUCGCUUUCUUCCUCGUGAACCAGAAGUUUACGGCGUUCACGAUAAACGCGGUCAUUUUGCUGACCUUAUCGGCGGUUGUUUUGGGCGUCCGGGCGGGGAACGACCGCCCGGCGGGGGAGUCGAACAAGGAAUAUAUUUUGGGGUUUGCUUCGACAGCUGGGUCGGCGGCUUUGCUGGGGUUGGUUUUUCCGUUGGUGGAGUUGAGUUAUAGUAAGGCGAAGAAGGCCAAAAUUGAGUAUAGUAUGGUGCUGGAAUUUCAGAUGGUUCUGUGUUUUGCUGCCACUCUUGUCUGCACGCUUGGAAUGUUCAUAAACCAUGACUUCGAGGUAAUAUCAAGGGAAGCAAGAGAGUAUGAAUUGGGAAAAACAAAGUACUUCUUGGUAAUAGUGGGGGAUGCAAUACUUACACAGUUCUUUUAUGUGGGAGCCCUUGGAGCGACGUCGUACGGCUCAUCUCUGUUGUCUAUGGUCAUCAUCACCGUCCUCCUCCCCAUCACGGAGCUGAUGGCCGUCGUCUUCUACCACGAGAAGUUCCAGGCCGAGAAGGGCAUCUCUCUGUUCCUCUCCCUUUGGGGAUUCGUUUCUUACUUCUACGGAGAUAUAAAAAACAAUAUCAAGAAAAAGAACCCGCAACCGGCGACAAUGCAAUGGCCAGAUUCGUUAUGUACUACUUGUCAAUUGAAAUUGAAUCUCUUGAAUAGUGUGUGACAUUUUAAGUUUAAAAAAUUUCAUUAUAGUCUUGACUAUUCAAUGUGUAAAAUAUACGUAGUAGAUAUGUGUAAAAUAUACGUAGUAGAUAUUGAGUGUACCAUGAAUUAAGACCAUGAACCAAUUACGGAAUUGUAACUCAAGCGCAUAAACGGGAUCAAGCUCUCAACGGGAUCAGACUAUAAGUAAGAUUAGCCUUCUACGGGAUUAGCUCUUAACGGGAUCAAACCCUAAACGGGAUUAAUAUUAAUAGUCGUUGGGCCUAAUAACGAAUCAGGACCACGAGAGGAAUCCACAACCAGACCAUGCUGGACAGCAGAUCUUGAGCCUGGGCGGAGUUUUAGUGAGGUUGGGAUAUUCCUAGGACUUACGUGGCAGGCUAUCAUUUGAGCAUAGCUAUCUGCCAGCAUGCGGGAAUAACGGAAGGAACGUGGAUUUAAAGGAACUAUCAUUGCACAACGUCCAAAACGUUACAGGAGUCCUAUUCGACUAAUAUGUAAUUAAUAACAUUUAUUGUAUCAGUUUCCUCCUAGAAUAUUAGUUCCUAUAGCCUAUAAAUAUUUCCUGUAUAUCUCCUAUCAAAAGACCAAACUCCGGAUUUAUAAUGUAGCCUUACGCUGCCUAAAUUUCAUCUGCUCUCGUAGUUGGAUUAAACUCCAGCAUAUAUAUUAAAAUGUAUUGGUCUGACAUAUGUGUAUUUUUUUAUUGUCAAUCUGAUGUGGCAUGAUCUGUUUUGGUCAAA